AUGACCAUUGCUACAGACGCAUGCAACGAACAUAGACUGAAAGUGUACAGAGAGAUCAAGGCUAAUGAAGAGCACUUGAACUCUCUAGACCACGACGGUUCAAAAGUCACAUUUGUUGUUGAUCAAGAAAUACCAGAACCCGAUGAGAAUUUGAGGGUGUUUUACUUUGACAUUGACAAUUGUCUGUACCCAUCAUCCACAAGAAUCCAUGAUCUUAUGCAGAUUGCGAUUGUCAACUAUUUUGAAAAGCAACUUGGCCUAGACAAAGUUCAUGCUGAAGAAUUGAACAGAACUUACUAUAAACAAUACGGGCUAGCCAUCAGGGGUCUAACCUUACACAAUGGGAUAGAUCCCAUGGAUUAUAACACAUUGGUCGAUGAUGCGCUUCCUUUGCAACAUAUAUUGAAACCAAAUCUGAAACUUCGCGAGACGUUGAUAAGACUAAGAGAAUGUGGUAAAAUCGACAAGUUGUGGCUCUUCACCAAUGCUUACAAGAACCACGCUUUAAGAUGUGUUCGUUUACUCGGUAUUGCUGAUUUAUUUGAUGGUAUAACUUACUGUGACUACAACCACGCUGAGUCAUUGAUAUGUAAGCCUGAUCCUGCUGCGUUCGAAAAAGCCAAACGUGAGAGUGGCCUAGGUGAUUUCAAGAACGCGUACUAUGUGGAUGACAGUGGAAGCAAUAUCAAAACAGGCCUUUCGCUUGGCAUACCCAAGUGUGCACACCUGGUGGAGGACAAAGUGCUUGAUGUGCUGGGGAAGACUCCCGAAGGUAGCAUUGUCAUCAAGGAUAUCACUGAUUUAGACAAGGCUUUCCCUGAGCUAUUCCAGAUCAAUUAG